AAAUCGGUUUAGGGUUUGAUCUGGACGACGAACCGCACAGGGCAGCCCGGCCAGACAACUUGGCCUCCAAACUUCGAGCAUCAUCGCUAUCUUAUUUACGUUUCCAAUAUAUUGGCUCCAUUCGACUAUUCGAGGCGCCAUCACCUACUAGGGUUUUCUCCACAGCAAGCCCAUUGCGCGGUCUGACUGCCACUAAUGGCGAUGAUGGCUCAGACACCGGACAUCCUCGGUGAGCGGCAGUCGGGUCAAGAUGUUCGAACUCAAAACGUGGUCGCGUGCCAAGCGGUUGCCAACAUUGUCAAGUCAUCACUCGGUCCUGUUGGGCUCGACAAGAUGCUAGUUGAUGACAUUGGUGAUGUGACAAUUACUAAUGAUGGGGCUACGAUACUCAAAAUGCUAGAAGUUGAGCAUCCGGCUGCCAAGGUUCUUGUAGAAUUAGCUGAACUUCAGGAUCGUGAAGUUGGAGAUGGGACAACUUCUGUUGUUAUUGUAGCUGCAGAGUUGCUAAAGAGGGCAAAUGACCUUGUUAGGAAUAAAAUUCAUCCAACAUCAAUAAUCAGCGGUUACAGACUUGCAAUGAGGGAAGCAUGCAAGUAUGUUGAUGAAAAGCUUGCUGUCAAGGUUGAAAAACUUGGAAAGGACUCGCUUGUAAACUGUGCCAAGACUAGCAUGUCUUCAAAGCUUAUUGGCACUGAUAGUGACUUCUUUGCAAAUUUGGUUGUUGAUGCUGUUCAAGCAAUAAAGACAACAAACGCAAGAGGGGAGGUGAAAUAUCCUAUCAAGGGCAUAAACAUUUUGAAAGCUCAUGGGAAAAGUGCCAGAGACAGCUACUUACUGAAUGGAUAUGCUUUGAAUACGGGCCGUGCUGCACAAGGAAUGCCAAGUAGAGUUGCUCCAGCUAGAAUUGCUUGCCUUGAUUUCAACCUGCAGAAGACAAAAAUGCAAUUGGGCAUUCAAGUCUUAGUCUCUGAUCCCAGAGAACUUGAAAAAAUACGGCAAAGGGAAUCUGAUAUAACCAAAGAGCGCAUUGAAAAACUACUGAAGGCUGGAGCUAAUGUUGUUCUCACAUCCAAGGGUAUUGAUGACAUGGCACUAAAGUAUUUUGUGGAGGCUGGGGCUAUUGCUGUUAGACGCGUUCGGAAAGAGGAUCUUCGCCAUAUUGCUAAGGCCACUGGGGCAACUGUGGUUACCACAUUUGCUGACAUGGAAGGAGAGGAAACAUUUGAUUCAUCAUUCCUUGGUCAAGCAGAUGAAGUUUUGGAGGAACGUAUUGCUGAUGAUGAUGUAAUUUUGGUCAAAGGCACAAAAAAUACAAGUGCAGUCUCAUUGAUCCUUAGAGGUGCAAAUGACUUCAUGCUUGAUGAGAUGGAUCGCUCUUUGCAUGAUGCAUUAUCCAUUGUGAAGAGAACUCUCGAAUCUAAUUUGGUUGUUGCUGGUGGUGGUGCUGUGGAGGCUGCUUUAUCUGUGUACUUGGAGAAUCUUGCCACAACACUUGGUUCUAGAGAGCAGCUGGCCAUAGCAGAGUUUGCUGAGUCUCUUCUUAUUAUACCCAAGGUGCUUAUUAGUUUUGAUGAGCAGUGCUGCCGUGCUCCCUUGAUCUGGGAACUGUCAGCAAUUUUUAUCGAACCAUCUACCAUGGGAUUGGACCUUUUGAAAGGCAAUAUCCGCAAUAAUCUUGAAGCUGGAGUAAUUGAGCCGUCAAUGAGCAAAGUGAAGAUUAUACAGUUUGCUACUGAGGCAGCCAUAACAAUUCUGAGAAUCGACGAUAUGAUUAAGCUAUUUAAAGAUGAACAGGAGGGGGAAGACUAAGCCAGGAUUGGAGUACACUGAGGUAAUUGAACUGAAGUAACAAUUGUGUCAGACUAAUUUAUCUGUCCAGUGUUAUUGAUUGUUUUGAGGCAUUCUGUUAUUCUCAAACAUUUGGCUUGUAUUAUGGAUGUGGGCUCAGGUUGUUGUUCUCUGUAAGAAAAUUAGUAGGUCAUAUUAGACGAGAAAUUCUUUUCGCUUAUAAGCUGCUUAUAAAGCUGGUAGAUAUCUUGAAAUUAGCUUGGUUCCAUAUAAUUCGAUGGAUUGUGUCUUGA